AUGUGCUCUGCGAUGGUGCAUACACGAACGACGCAGAAGCUCGCGCUAGAGUUGGAGAUCAACCCUGGCGACCGCACGAACCGAAAUCACUGGUGGAAAUGGCUCGCGUACGCUCUGUUCUCUAUGCGAGCUCGUGCUUGCUCCUCACUCAGAACUCUGAUUAUACCAUUCUUAGGGGAGCUGACCGGUGUUGAUGUUCGUGCUUUCACUUCUGUACUAACGUCGGAGCACCCAGAAGAAACGUUGUAUGACACUCCUCGUGGUGUGAAGGAGGAGCAAGACGCAACGCUGGCACCGGGAGCUCCGAUUAGGUGGGAUUUCGACGAUCAAGUGCAACCCGUCUUGGACUCUCGUCCUCUCACACUCUACACACCCAUCUAUUUUGUGAAGACGUUUAGUGAUGAUGGUACAAUUGAGUGGGUACACGCCAUGAUUGCCGGAUUUGGUCAUUGCCAAGUCCAGCGGUGCAAUCUGGACUUCCAUGGGUAA